AUGAGAUCGCUGAUAAUCAUCUUCCUCCUGGCCACAUGCCUCUUUCACACCUCACGAUGUAUGCAGGUUACGGAAAGUGGGUACAGUUUUCCCCUGGCAGUGAAGACCCUGAAAAAGCUUAUGGAGUCUGACAUGAGUACAAACCCUCUUGAUACCUACAGCGAAUCAGCAUCGUUGUGUACCAACCCUAAACUGCCAAGAGAGUUCGCAGUGGUGUAUGAAAAAAAUGACACUGGCACAAUCUCCCAAAAUCUGGCAUCAGACAGACAUACAGGAGCGCUGGACUGUAAUCACCCUAACUGCGACUCCAAAGAAGCCAUUACGGCUCGAGCUGUUAAAAUCAUCACCGCUGACCCCUGUGAGAUCUGUGCCAAUGCUGCCUGCACUGGCUGUCUAUGA